CAGACACUAAACUGAACUGGCCUGGUUCAGAUAGUACUAACCCGGUCGCCUGAAGCCGUGAACUCUCUCACCUUCUUCUCGCUGUGAAGCUCUUACGCCAUCUCGCCGAGCUCCGUUGCUGUCUCGGUUCGGUUGAGGGGUCACCGUUGGAACUUGGAAGCCGUCUUCUGCCACUUCCUGCAGGUGCAAGUUUCAGGCCCAGAUUGAAUACCUAUAACUAUGAAUAUUGAUUCUUUCAAGCGGGAUGUUGAUGAAUUAAUUGCUGAAUUCACUCAGGUUACAUGUGUGGUACUGCUUCUUUAUCACACAGAUUGGGUGGCCUUUAUUGCCUCUAUUGUCUGUAUGAGACUCAACCAUUUAAACCUACUUUUAAGGUCUAUCUAUCCCUUGGAGAGAUAAAGAAACUCAGAACCCUUAUGGUAGAUGCAAAAACAAAUGAUAUUAAAGUCGUACCUUCUUUGGUAAAAAGAAUGCUGGAUAGAAACAUUCUCCUUUUUGGUGCUGUUGACUUAAUGGCUGAUUCUGUCACGGAGACAGUUAACCAACUCCAACAAUUGCAGGAUGCUCGUAUCAAACACGCAUAUGAAAAAUUAUUUCACAGCACACCAAUUGACAGAUAUGUUCACAUGGACCUUGGAAUGGAAGUUGACCUUGGAAAGCUGCAGAAAAUGUCAUCGGAAUAUGCUGUGGCCAAGAAUGUAGCCAUUGCAGAAGCAAGCAAUAUUUUAGAUGUUACAGACAUAAAGCACCUAUCAGAAGAUAAGGAACUGAUAGGAGAUGUUGUGAAAAAGAUCGCUGAUGACUGGAAUGACCAGAAAGAAACAUUAAGCAAACCGGGUGCGGAGAGGAUGAAAUGUAUGAGCAAGAGCUGCUACAACAACUUCUGAAAGACAACGAUGACGACGAGGAUAAUGAAAAAGAGGGUAGUCAAGAUUGGAGGUAUACAUUUGAGCUGGGGAAUUCAUAAUGCUAAUAUGUUAGCCAUUAUUUUGGUAUAGGGAGUUCAGGCUUUCCCAGGGGAAAUAUGGUCUUAUAGGUCCAUUUUUUUUUUCUUUACCUCUAUCCACUUUGUUAUCAACAAUGUGUUAUCAACUACUUUCACACUUUCGGUUCUUGUUGUGUGUAUUAUGGUCUCUUCAACUUUCUUUCUUUUGCUGGAUCGGUUUGUUUGUGGAACUAAAUUAUGCAAUCAUAAUUCUUAUCCUUCUCGCUAUCCUUGAAAUAGCUUUGGUAAAGAUAACAUAGUCUUCCAACAUCUGAAUGUCUACAUUUUUGGAAUAUGAAGUUUUCCUUUCCACGUUCUAUUGCCGAGAAUCACUACAUCUGGAGACCAAUAACCGGCUGUUCAAUGGCUUCAUUGAAUGAAAUAUUCAAGUCUUACAUUGAAAGCAAGAGGCAAGAUGUCUGGAAUUGAAGUCUUACAUAGCGUGAAGAUGAGUCUGAGAAGUCUGCAACACGACAUGAAAGGGAAGACACUACAACAAUUACAAGAUACUUACCUGGACGGGUCAAUGGGCGGUCAAAAAGACCUAUGGCCUACGGCCUAGGCUGGUGACUUCCAUUGCACUUUGGAAGGAUAUCCGUCUAAGGUCUACGUAAGUGGUG